AUGGACGGGGCGCCAUGGAACCGAACGGCAGUGCUCUGCUUGCUGCUGCUGCUACAUGUAGGCCGCACGUUUGGCGACCCCACGAUUCAGUUUCUCUGGCCCCCGCCAGGCCUCAUCCUCCGCUCCACCACCGACGUCAUCGUCCAGUACAUUGUCAAAAACGCAGUGGUCAAUGGGUCGCUUCAAUUCUCUGGCGACAAGAUCAACGGGAUUCUACCUGCGGUCUCCAACACCAUGCGCUUCGUCGGCGCCGACCUCGGCUCGUACUGGGCGUCGGCGCAGCUUCUCGAUGCCGACGGCCAGCCGAUCGGAGACGCGUCGACUUUGCACUAUGAGCGAGUUCUUUCCAACGCGGAGGCUGCCGUUCAGCGAACGACGCUGCCAAGGCCGCGACGCGUGCUAUUGGCGUUGCCGUCUGUCGUGCGACCUCGCCAGCGCAAGCUGUGCUUUGUGACCGCUGGCAUCAACAUGGACGGCCAAGUGCGGCUGUGGCUUGGCCUCAUUGCGGCGCUCCAGCAGCACCCAACGACAUCCUACAGCUUUCAUAUGUUUCGGGUUCAAGCGCCGUCGGCGCUGCGGCUCGACCCGUUUCUCGCACUUGGCAUUCCCAUCACAAACGUCCAUCUGGAGGUCGACUACAAGGACGUUAUCACGUACAGUUUGACCAACGACAAGACGAUGGCGCAGCUCGCGAUGUACGCCAAGGGGCUCGGACGACACCCGCCGUACGUCGCCCGGCUCUUUGCGCAGUAUACGGCUGCGCUUGCGCCGUGCCGCGGUGCGAUUCUGCUGUAUGCCAACUCGCGCGACCACGGCGACCCCGCGCUCGCACUUGUCGCGCGCCAUGUACAAGUGCAGGCCGUCGUGCUCGAGCUUUCGGGCCUGCGUCCGAUGCCCCACGCUGUGGACGCGGUCAUUGGCCCGUCGGAGUUUGCAGUUUACCAUGAGUCCGUCGAGCGGGCGAUUGCGGCGACACAUCAACACGUCAUCGCACCCGGUGUCAACACGACGCUCUUCCUUCCCGCCGCCAAGGCCAACACCAACGACUGCCUUGUCGUUGGCUACCUCGGUCGCAUUGCGCCGGAAAAGUCCCUCGGACUCCUCGCGCGCGCCGCCGAGCUCCUCGCAGCCAAGCACGAUCUCUGUCUCGUCUUUCGCUGGGUCGGCGAAGGCCCCGAUGCUGCUCACUAUCAACACUAUCCCAUUGAGCUAAUUGGUGGCAUCUACAACGAGACCGCGCUCGUCCUCGAGCUCCAGUCCUGGGAUGUGGCAGUCCACCCGGGCCUCCAAGAGACGUUUGGGAUCGCCAACAUUGAAGUCAUGGCGGUCGGUCUACCGCUGGUCUGCUUUGGUGUGGCCGGCACGACCGAGUACGUUCGACAUGGCGAGAAUGCGUGGGUCGUCAACGAGAUUGAUCCGGCCGCGCUCGCCGCGGGGAUCGAAGUCGUGGCCAGAGACAGCGAUUUGCGGCAACGGCUGGGAGCUGGUGCGCGUGCGACGGUCGAGAAGCGGUUUACGUGGUCGGCGACUGUCGCUGCGUACGACGAGGUGUUGGGCCGCCUCAUGAGCUGGCCAAGCACCAGCGCUGCUGCAUAA